AGCGCCAUGGCGGCGGUGCGGGACGUCGAAAUCGACCCCGAAGGAACUUUCAAAUACAUCCUGGUGCGCCUGCAGCGCCCGGGUGGCGGGGAGCAGCGGGACAUAGUCCGCGGCACCAAGGCGGCCGAGUUCCACAAUCACAUAUUUGAAAAACUAAAUCCUGAGAUGGAAAAGCUGGGAUAUGAGUGCAAGUGCCUUGGAGGAGGGAAAAUUGAUCAUAAUAGCAAAGACAAGAAAAUUAGGGUAUUUGGGCUCUCUACAGGCUAUGGAAAAGCAGAUCACUCUGUGACUGUGGAGAUACUGAAGAAAGCGUACACAGAUUAUGAAAUUACUUGGUCAGAUGACAAGAAAUAAAUCAGCUACUUAUGAACACAACAAGUUCAAACCUGGUAACUGUGUGAGCUCUACUGUGAUAAAUUAAACUGAAUGUGUCUAUGUGUGCUACCAUAAAUGUGGAGUA